AACUGCGUCAACUGCUGCGACCUGCUACGAAGCCCCGCCCAUCACGAUAACCUGCAGCAUGGCCGGGGAAAUGGCAACCAACGAACCGAAUGUGGAUAAGAGCGACGCGUCGUCCCUGGUUUUCACCGCCAUACAGCAGCACGUAGGUCCGGUCCCCAAUAGGAAUCGCCCAUUCUAGUAAGGACUGUAGCCCAUAUAAUUGGGAAAAUGUCUAUGGCUACAGUCCUGCGUAUGGUGGGAUACGGUGUGCGGGUGGCGUAACAGCGUGCGGGUGGCAGUUAGCACACAUGGCGGUCAACCACCGCCUGUGCACAGUUACCAACUAUUCAAUUUUGCAUACCAGCCUCCUAUGCAACCGCUCCUAUGCAAAUCGUGGAAAUUGUCUUUGUCUACCGAACUGAGCCACUUUGCAUAGGACAGAUUGUGUAUAAAACACUAUGUACACUGUACCGGAAUAAAUGUUAAUGAUUAAUUAUUGUUGUAUACUUACACAGUAUUGUGCACUUUUUGUGUGUGUGUAGCACUGUACUUGUUGUUACUGUAUACUGUUCUGUACUUCAUCUGGAAAAUGUUCCGCUCUCCUAUUUAUACCACUAUUAAUAUGUUUGCGUACUUGGCUGACCAGCCCGACGACGCCAAGACCAUCAUCCUGGAUGAAUUUCCUUUCAGCGAUUUCCGCGACGUGCCGCUGCUGCGCUUCACGAACCUGCGUUGUCUGUCGGCCAACGCCUGUGGAGUGAAGUCGGUCCUUGGACUGCCACCGCUGCCCAACCUGACCUAUCUUCAGUUGAACGACAACCAGCUGGGAUACAACCCGGACAGUCCCCAUUUCGAGGUGCUCGCGACGGCUACACCGAAUCUGAAGCGGCUUACGUUGGCAAACAACGGGAUCAGCAGCGACGACAUUCUGAAGCCAUUGAAGGACUUGCCGGCCCUGCACACGGUGGACCUUGGUUACAACAGCGUGAACCGCACCCAUCACCGCCAGCUGUACGAUGCCGUGCCGCAGGUUAUGCACUGGGACGGAGACGGUGGAGAGACCGACUGCGACAGCGAUGCAGAAAUGAGCGAAAAUUUCAUGUAUUUUGAAUCAGGGUCAGAGAAGGAGGAAGAAGCCGACGAUGCCUCGAUGGCCGAUUCAGACAGCACAUGGCUGCUGUCCGACGAUGAUGUGGAUCAUAUUUCGGAUUCGGCUUCCGAACCGGGCAUGGACGCCAGCGACCACCAGGACGAAGACGGUGACGACGUCAUUAUGCUGGACUAGUAUGGUUUCUAGUAUUGUUGAAUUAUUUCUGUUGUUUUCUGUUACCCCCACCGGAACCCCCACGGGAAUUUCCGUGGACAGUAUUUUUUGUUCUGCUUUUUGUGCUAGUUACUUCCUUAUUUUCACUUCCUUGUUUUCAGUUAUACUUCUGAACUCGUACGUGUCCAUUGUGAAAUAAAAUCUGCAAAUUGCAUAGGAGGCUGGUAUGCAAAUCGGUGCUUUUCGAAAUAUAAAAUCUGUUGGUCCAAAAAUCACUUCGAGUUAGAUUCUGACAGUUGAAAUUUUGCUCUUGUAAUUUUUCGACAUUCAAAAAUCUGCUGUUG